AUGUCUACUCCUCGGACUAUGUUGUUGGUGGGAGAAGGGAAUUUCUCUUUUUCUGCGGCUUUAUGCCAGUUGUACCCAGAUUCCAGCAUCACGGCCACCUGUCUUCAGUGCCAGGAGGAAGUGCUGCGGCAUGAGGGCGCAGCCACCAACACAGAGAUCAUCCGUAGCUCAGGUGGAGUGGUCCUGUUUGAGGUGGACUCUACAAAGCUUGGAGAAUGCGCAUCUCUACGGGGACUUGUAUUUGACCGUGUGAUCUUUAACUUUCCUCACUGCGGGCGAAAGAGUGGUGUUAAAAAGAACCGAGAACUUCUCAAAAACUUCUUCCUGAGUUGUGUCCAGGUGUUGGCUGAAAAAGGGGAGGUCCAUGUUGCCCUGUGCAAUGGGCAGGGGGGCACACCGGCUGACCAGCCAAAGAGAGAGUGGCACAACAGCUGGCAGGUCGUCGCCAUGGCAGCAGAGGCUAACCUAAUCCUUAGCAAUGUCCAUCCUUUUGAGAGUGAGAAAUACAAGAGCUACAAAUGUACUGGAUACAGGAGCCAGGAUAAGGGCUUCCAUGUGGAGAAUGCUUUACUCCACGUGUUUACACGCAGCCUGCCCUACAGCACAGUUAAGAGGCUCCAGUUGGAGGAAGCCAUUGAUGGAGAGAGAGUCCAGUACAAUAUGCCAGUUGAGUUCAGCGAUUACAUAUUCAGGGAAUUUCUGUCCACAGGUUCCACCCAUCCUGUCAGGUUGGUUCAGGACUUUCUGCUGAGUGGAUUGGCAGAGCAGUGGUCUGUCUCCAUGAAAACGGAGACCCACCCUUACCUCCUCACAUGCAAACAACUGCAGAAGUUCUGCCAGGAGAUAGACCCAAAAGACUGCUACUGGAUAAACCUGCUUUGCAAAGACAGCCCUCAUAUCUCUGUAGAAUUACACACAGAUAUGAGUAAGCAUACGGAUCAGUCCAUUAUCUUGGACAGCGAAAAACAUCAAGGAGUCAAGUUAUUCAGGUCUGCAUACAAUUUUGAAGAUGAUACCGAAAGGGGAAGGGGUCUUUUUGUGUUGCGUCCAUCACUACUGCCUCAGAUGAAAGAGCUUAAAACUCAUAGACCAGAGGAUAAACAAAGAGAACCACUAGCUAGUAUUACAGGGGAUAAUGGGGAAAAUGAAAAGGAUAGUGAUGAGUUUAAGGUUGAAGGAAAGGGGAAUGAGGACCCCUAUUGGGGUAGUAAUGGUAUUAUUGGAUCAUUAUGUGGCAUCAGUGGUCUAGUCUUCAGGAAUGUUCCCAUCAGUCCUUGGAACAUGCCAGCCUUUCAUGAACUUUGCCUCACAGCUGUGUUCCCUGCAGCUUGUGAACCAAUCAAAAUGCUUGGGAAACACCUGGAAACCCUGCUUGCGCCUUAUAGAGUCUCCCUGAUUAUGGAACAUGGUUGUCUUGGCCUGGUGACACAACCAAUGGGAUUGGUAGGUAAAGUGUUUGCUAGUAAUGCUAGUGACAACAUCAGCAAAAUUGGUGUCAAUGUAUCCCUAAAUUUGGACCUCCUUGCUACGCUCCUGUUCUCGCUCCCUGACUGGCGGCUGCUGUGGUCACAUGACCCUCACUUUUUAAAACACUUUUCGCUUCACCCAUCUCUGGGGCAGCCGUUUCAGCUAUUUUCCCUCUUCCCUCAGCACUUCAGCUUUGACAUCAGCUUCUGGACAGGGCCAGCCUGGGGGGAGAGAAGGUUCCAUGCUUUGGUCAGAGAAGCCAGCCUUAAUACUGUGGCACAAGUGAAACUUAUUGACACAUUCUCUCAUCCUGACCUGAAUAAGACAAGUUACUGCUACAGACUGAUUUAUCAUUCAGAAACACAUGCGCUGUCUCACACGCAAGCCUUAAAGUUUCAUAAACACUUGGAAUCCAUGCUGUCCUCCCGUCUGGAAGUCACAGUAAGGUAGCUCUGGCUGUAUUUUUAGUAAGAAGGGAGUUCUUUUUUUCUGGAAUCAUUAA